AUGAACACAGAAAUACAAGUAGCAGACAAAUCUAUUGAAACACAUAUGGUUAACGACAUUGAUGCAAAUAGUUAUCUAGAAUCAACUUUAGAAUGCGAGAAAAUAAAUGAUAUCGAUGUAAAUCUGGGUCAUGAUGGAGAUGAAAGUAUCAUUGGAAAGGUUUUCAGUACACCUCAUGAUGCAUAUACGUUUUAUAAUCAAUAUGCUUUUUUACAUGGAUUUGGUAUACGAAUUCAUUGGGCCUUUAAAAACAAGACGACAAAUGAGCCAUACCGUAAAAUGUAUGUUUGCAAUAAACAAGGCUUUAAAAGAUUGAAGGCUAAUAGUUCUGGGGUUGCAAAGAAACAACGUAGAAAUUUGAGGACCGGAUGCCAAGCAAUGCUUCGAAUUUCAAAAGGAAAAGAUGGGAUAUGGUUUGCGGACAUGUUUAACGAUACCCACAAUCAUGAGUUAAGUGUUACACUGUAG